AUGGUGCGGAAGACCGCAUCCUGGAGGACACAAGUGGAAGCUCGAGAUGUCCGUCAGCUUCAUGCUACAGGGAAGGACGUAGUUGUCCCUCUCGUGCUCUGGAACGAGCCACCGCAAGUGGAAGUGUCCUCCUUACACGUCCUCCAGCUCCCUAUCUCCCAGCCAAGCCAGAACUCGUCCAUCUUCGCCACCGAGGAGGACAGAGAGACGACCAACGACGAAUCCACUCGCACCCAAUUAUGUGUAUUUGCAGGCACAGUGGACGGUCUUGUCCUCUACUGGAGAUUCGAGGUGGACACUGUAGCACAAGUCAACUUACUCGUCUUUCCCGGCAUUGACGGUGAUACCACCAUCAAGCACGAGCUUUGCCUCUCUCCUCCACGCAAGCUCCAGCGACGCCGACGAGCAGCCUGGUCCGUACUGCGUGAUCGCAUACGAGACGCCAUGCAGCAAGUGCGUGUGUUGAUCUUCGUGCACUCAAGCGACCUGAAGUUCUGUUUGGACAUCCGAUUGUGUGUCGUGAUGCGCUGGAAGAAGAUUGGGUGGAUGGCGUUGCUGCAGAGUUCCAAUACACACGCAAGUGAUUUGAAGACAAACUUGCAAUCUCUACGGACGUUUAUAAAAGAAGACCUUCUCCAAGACAACAACAUCGACAGUAUGCUUGCUAGCAUUGCAGCUCACGUGUUGUGCGGGCACGUCCGCGAAUACCGCCCGCUCUUGGCCAGACUGUCCGACGAACGCACCCGUCGUCUCGCCGAAGUUUUUGACGGCUCAAGACUCGAAACGCUGGGUCAGGCAGAAGACGUACUGAACCCGGCCCCGUGGUUCCGAUUUGAAACGCAAGCAAAUGCAGUCUGUCGUCUGCUGUCGCUGCAAGAGCUCGAGGACUUCGACCAUAUUAGCAAAUGGUCAACGAAAGAAAUGGAUCGCGAAUACAAACUUGACGCUUUCGACACCAAGACCGAGCGAACACAAGAAGUUUCGAAUCUCACGAGCACGAUCAACAUUCUAAAUCUGCCUCUGCGUUGCGCAAAGAAAUGA